AUGCUCUUCGUCUGGUUCGUGCAAAAUGUCAGUACCUUGUGUUUCUAUCAAACUGUGAUUGAGAUAAUCAUCACCAGUAUCAACCUGACACUAUGUGCAUACUGUACAGUCCAAAUGUUUAAUCUGCACAGUAUCAGUCGCAACUUGAGGAUAAUCCUGGUAAUGUUUGGUGCCAAACCUUAUAAAAACUUUUACAAUAUCAUAUUACUACCAAAAACAUGUUUUUGCUUCCUUUCCAAGGCAAAUUUAAUUUAAUGCAAAAACUAAAAUUUGCCAUUUUGUAAUUAAGGACAUAAAACUAUAAUUUAAAUACUUGUAGGUGUUUGAAAUGGUACUGACAGCUUAUGCAACGUCCCUACAUACGAUAGAAUAUUUUACUCCACACGAUGCCUACAGUUUUGCUGCUGGUCAUACAUUUAGAGCCUUCUUCUUCUACGGCUGCCUCACACUCAGUAGUUUUGCUGCUCAGAUGUUUAAUGUAAAGUACCUAGUAGUUGCUAUAGAACGGAGAAUUGCUUAUCAACAGCGACAUUCGUACGACAAUUGCAAUUUUCUCGCAGUAUUUUUGAUCAUAGCCUCGGUAAGUACUUAGAAAAUUGUGUUUAGUUACACAAAUCAUUGUUCGUUUACUGUAAGUUUAACGUAUUGUCCGUAUACUACGACCUUUAUCUUGACGUGCAGCUAAAAAGUCUUAAAUUUAAUUUUAAUUUUAUGUCGCCUUUUUAACAGCCCCAUAAGUCUAUACAUUGUUUAAAAUAUGGAAGUAAUGUAGUUUAAAAUUCCAAUAUUAAGAAUCCCAAUGUUGUUUUGUUUAUUUAUUUUACUCUACUUUGUUUUAUAGGUCAUUGUAUGUCUACUAGCUCAAUGCUUAAAAUCCCAAAUAAUAUAUGACGUAUAUUGGUAUCUUCCAUUAGACCAACGACUACGCCGCGCUACUAUGCUUGAAAUGAGUACAAGUGGACUACUUGCAUCGUACUCUUUAGCAUCUGUGUUCCUAAGUGUCGCGUUAGUUGUGAGUGCUACUUUAUUUUAAAGAAGUGUUCAAAUUUAUUCUAUCGGUUUUUAUAAAUGUCAUCUAUACCAUUAAAACAUCAUAUAAAAACACUUACGUAGCCUCUAACAUUAUUUACAGAUAUUUUACAAACUGCACGUUAAAAUCCGUAAAAGAAGGGAUACAUCGCCCUACAGUCUCAACGGUAGUUUUGAAAUCAAGCAAACCAAGUAUGUGCUCAAAUACCUGACUAGUCUAAUAUCAUCAUUUAUGAAAAUGAUGGUAGCUGUUGGCAUUUGCAUCACAUCUUCAUGCUACUUUCACUACGUUCUUGGCUACGACGAAGAAACAGAUGAAUUACGAUUUUUUAACACAGUAAGAGUACAGAUAACGUCUUUUAAAAACAUAACAUAAUAUGAUACUUUCAACUUUAAAAACAUAACACUACUCUUUGUUCUGUUUUAGGGUGUAUAUCUUUGCGUAGCCACAUAUAACAUUGCCACCAUGUUGUACAUGGUCAAAGCUUUUCCUCAACUGCAAAAUAAGAUUUCGAAAGACCUCAAGUUCCUGAACAUUAACAGAGUCAGCGUAGUUUCUAUUCCAGACGCCGUAAAAGAUACAAACGUAUACUUCAAGCAACUACAGGAAAUGUGGAAGAUACCAUAA